GUUAACCAUCAAGAUUUUCUGCGAAAGUUUCUCCCCUCAAUCAUUGUGACUGCCUGAUCAUUUUCCAUGGAUGAGAGGUGAAGCAACCACGAAAUAAUACAAAGACCAAUCCCUCUGAAAUCUAGAGUUUUCCAUGUUGACAUCAGCAAUGACAUUACCCCAAAACUAAGAUGUGUAUAAAUUGGCUUGUGUUCAGGAAUAUGAUCAACAGAAACUAAGCAUGUCUGGGGAAAGAGUGAAGUUGCUGGGUAACUGGGCAAGUCCUUCUGCCCUCAGAGUCAAAUGGACUUUGAAGCUGAAGGAGAUCGAGUACGAGUAUGUUGAAGAGGACCUCCCAAACAAAAGUCCCCUGCUCUUGAAGUACAACCCUGUUCACAAAAAGAUACCAGUUCUUGUGCAUGGUGGUAAGCCUAUAGCAGAGUCGCUGGUUAUACUUGAAUACCUCGACGAGACUUGGAAGCAAAAUCCAAUCCUGCCAGAAGAUCCCUAUGAAAGAGCUCAGGCGCGCUUCUGGGCCAAAUUUGUUGACGAGAAGUGUGCGCCAGGAAUCAUGAGUGCAUUCACAAAGAAAGGGGAAGAGAAAGAGAAGGCUGCAAAAGAAGCUAGAGAGAAUCUCAAGAUUCUGGAAAGUGGACUUGGGGAAAAGCAAUUCUUUGGGGGUGAAAGCAUAGGCUUUGUGGACAUAGCCGCUGGGUGGAUUGGAAUAUGGGCUAGAUUGGUCGAGGAGAUUGCAGAGGUAAAUCUAAUUGAUACGGUAAAUCUAAUUGAUACUGAGACGAUGCCAGUGCUUGACACUUGGUUCAAAAGAGUUCUCGAGGUUCCAAUUAUUAAAGAAUGCCUGCCACCUCAAGAUAAACUGCUGGAGCACAACAAAGGCUUUCACAAGAUGUUGACUGGAGGAUCAAGAGGAUCAAGUUGAAGAUUUUGCCACCAUUUCUGCACGGUUUCUGCACAUAAUUAUCCUUGGAUUUAGCAUGUGUACCAUUCAUAUAUAAAGAAUAACGUGAGCUCAGCGCAGUUCUUGAUAUACAAAUAGAUUCACAAGAGUGAAAAUAUUUUGCAUUGUUAGCAGGAUUUGAUGAAAUAAAUGCAGAAAAUUUUAGUACCUUCACAAAUC